AUGGUGUGUUUCUGCUUUUUGGUGGAUCAGAAGAUAGUGGUGCGGCGGAGCAAGGCGGCGGCGGGGAUGUGUUCGCGGUGCCGGCGCAGCGCGAGGGUGGCGGACAUGCAGACGGUGACUAGGUUUUGCUAUAUACCUUUUUAUUGGAAGUCGUGGAAAGCUAUUGUAUGUAGUUUAUGUGGGAAUAUUCUCAGAUCCUAUCAUAAAUAAAUAAAUAAAAUAAUAAUACGUGACAAUUUUAGUAUAUAUAAUAUAAUAAUACUGGAU